GAAGGCUCUUAUGUAACCUAGGUGGUCUCAAACUCACUGUGCAGCCAAAGACGACCUCUUACUUGUCAUCUUUCUGUUUCCACCUCCCCAGUGCUGGGAUUACAGUUAUGCCUUCUCAGGACAGUGACCUUCCUCCAAAGGAACAAGAGAAAAUGGCUGAAUUUCAGGAGGCGGUGACAUUCAAGGAUUUGGCAUUGGUGUUUACUACAGAAGAAGUGGGGCUGCUGAGCCUCACACAGAGGAAGCUGUACAAAGACGUGAUGCUGGAGAACUUCAAGAACCUGGUUGCUGUGGGGCAUUUUCCCCCCAAAGCACAUGUGGUGCCUCUACUGGAAGCAGAAGAAAAGCUUUGGCUGAAGGAAACGGAAGCCCAGAGGAGUAGAUAUCCUGGCAGCAGGAGUGAACAUGAGUCGGUGACUGCUGGUCGACGUGCACUAACACACCUUGCCCAGGAAGAGCUGUCUUGCUGGCGCAUCUGGAAACAGGUUGCGUGGGAAUCGACCAGGUGUUUUCAGAGGAGGCGUUCUCAACCACUGAAAGACGAUUCCAUUCUGGUUUCUGACAACAAUGGCAAUACAGGGAAUCACGAAGGAGAUAGCUCCAGCUGCCUUGAGCAUGAAGACUUUUCAGUCUCAAGAACUCAUAAUUAUUGCCAAAAUAGGUGUCUGCAUAAUUCACUGAACCAGAGCAGAAACAAGCCAGUCUGUGUGAAGUGUGACCUUUGUGUGUUUGCAGAUUCGAGGAAGAAAUCAUCGCUUUGUAAGCAGCUUAAAAGCAACAAGGGACAGAAGCCCUACAGAUGUGAGAGCUGUGGGAAGAGAUUCAGCAGUAGCAAGGGUCUCAUCAUUCACUGCACAUCUCACACGGGAGAGAAACCUUACAAGUGUGAGGGGUGUGGGAAAGGCUUCGCCCGAAAUGCAGAUCUUCAUGUCCAUUCCCAUGCUCACACUGGAGAGAAGCCCUGUAUGCGUAAGGAAUAUGGGGAAGGCUGCCACCAGGAUUCCAACCUUCGAGUCCAUCAGAAUAGCCAUACUGAAGAGAAGCAAUUCAAAUGUGAAACUUGUGGGAAGGGGUACAGUCGGUCCUCGAGGCUUCGCGCCCACCAGAGAGUUCAUACUGGAGAGAAAUCAUACAAAUGUGAAGUGUGUGGGAAGGGCUUCCGCUAUAGUUCAAAUCUUAAACAACACCAAGUAACACACACUGGAAAGAAACUGUCUAAGAGUCGGGAGUGUGGGAAAGGCUUCAAUUGCGGGUCAGAUCACGCUUCUCAGAGAGUCCACUCAGAGAAGAAACUCUACAAGUGUGAAGAGUGUGAUAAGAGCUUUAGUCAGCUCAUUGAUUAUCAGGUACACCAGCAAGUUCACACUGGAGAAAAGCCACACCAGUGCGAGGUGUGUGGGAAGGGCUUCAGUCGCUUAUUUGGCCUUCAUUCCCACCAGAGAAUCCACACUGGGGAGAAGCCAUACAAGUGUGAUGUGUGUGGAAAGAGCUUUAGGUACAGUUCUCAGUUUAUCUACCAUCAGAGAUGCCACACUGGAGAGAAACCCUACAAAUGUCAGGAGUGUGGGAAAGGCUUUGGCAGGAGCACAGAACUUCGCCACCAUCAAAGGAUGCACACAGGAGAGAAACCUCACAAAUGUAAGGAGUGUGGAAAGGCCUUCAGUCUGCCCUCCAAUCUUCGAGUCCAUCAGAGCAUUCACAUGAAGGAGAAACUCUUCAAGUGUGAGGAGUGUGGGAAGGGCUUCAGCCAGCGCUCGCGUCUUCAAGCUCACCAGAGAGUUCACACUGGAGAGAAACCAUACAAGUGUGAUAUAUGUGGGAAAGGCUUCAGUCGCUCCUCUGGCCUCCAUUACCAUCACAGAAUCCACACUGGGGAGAAGCCAUACAAGUGUGAUGUGUGUGGAAAGGGCUUCAUAUACAGUUCUCAGUUUACCUACCAUCAGAGAUACCACGCUGAAGAGAAACCUUUCAGAUGUCAGGAGUGUGGGAAAUUCUUUGACACGAGCACGGACCUUCGCCACCAUCAGAGGGAUCAUAUGGGAAAGAAACCUCACAAAUGUGAGGAGUGUGGAAAGGCCUUCCGUUUCCCCUCAAAGCUUCGAGUCCAUAUGAUUAUUCACAUGAAGGAGAACCUCUUCAAGUGUGAGGAGUGUGGGGAGGGCUUCAGUCAGCUCUCAAGUCUUCAAACACACCAGAGAGUUCACACUGGAGAGAAGCCGCACAGAUGUGAAUGUGGGAAAGGCUUCAGUCGUGGUACCCGCCUUCAAAACCAUAAGAAAAUCCAUACCUAAAGAAAGCAGCAGAGCUGGUGUGGUUGAUGCCUGUGAACCAGUGUUCAGGAGGCCGAGGCUGGAAGAUGAUAGAUUUGUGGCCUGCCUUGGCUCCAGAGCAGGGUACUUCCUUAACUUUUGUGGAUAUGUCCAUCUACUCCAUUAAAACGAUAA